GUGGAGGGACAGAUGCAGGUUUACCGAAUAGAAGUGCAAAUCACAGAUAUUAACGACAACGAGCCCAGCUUCAAGGAAAUUGAGCUGGAAGAAAGAAUAAGCGAGGCGACAGCCCCGGGAUCGCGGUUUCCCUUACCCGAGGCUCAGGAUCCUGAUUCGGGCCGGAAUUCCCUGCAGAGCUACGAGCUGAGCGGCGACGAGCACUUCUCGCUGGCCGUGCAGACGGGCCCCGGCGGCGAUCAGCGUCCCGAGCUGGUGCUGGCCAAGGCGCUGGACCGGGAGGAGGCGGCGUUUCACGAGCUGGUGCUGAGGGCGAGCGACGGCGGCGAUCCGGCACGGACGGGCACGGCUCGGAUCCGCGUGACAGUGGUGGACGCGAACGACAACGCGCCCGUGUUCAGCCAGGCGGAGUACACGGUGCGUGUGCCCGAGGACGUGCCUGUGGGCUCCACCCUUGUCACCGUCACGGCCAUUGAUACCGACGAAGGGCUGAAUGGUCAUGUGAAAUACUGGUUGAAAAAAGUGUCGGAAAUGGCCUCGAAUAUUUUCCAUCUGGACUCUGAGAGUGGAGCGAUCACUCUACUGAGAAGCCUGGACUUCGAGGAAGGCGAUGUCCACGAGCUGAACCUGCAAGCAUAUGAUGGUGGGGCUCUUUAUGAUACUGCAAAAGUCGUGAUUACUGUCACGGACGUCAACGACAACGCACCUGAGAUUUCCAUGAGGUCGGCACUAAGGGAGAUCUCAGAAGAUGCCCCCUCGGGAACAGUCGUGGCCCUUUUGUACGUGCAGGACCGUGACUCGGGGGCGAAUGGCGAGGUGCGCUGCUCGAUCGACAGAGACGUUCCGUUCCGGCUGCAAAGUUCGCAGGACAAUUACUACAGCGUGGUG